AUGGAUCUCGUCAGCGGCCUCGAAGGUCGACUCCUUUUCGCGGUGCCCAAGAAGGGGCGGUUGAACCAGGCCACGCUGAACCUCCUUGAGGGUGCCGACGUCCAGUUCCGCCGCGAAAACAGACUCGACAUCGCUCUUGUCAAGAACCUCCCAAUCGCGCUCAUUUUCCUACCGGCGGCCGAUAUUCCCACCUUCGUCGGUGAGGGCCAAGUCGACCUCGGCAUCACCGGUCUCGACCAGGUCCAGGAGCACGAUGCUGGCAUUCGCGCCCUUCACAGCGCAAGGCGCAUGUCUGGCGAGAUCACGCCCGAGCAAGAGUCGGCCCAUACCUCAAACGGCUCCGGAUGCGAGGUGGUUCUGGAUUUGGGCUUCGGCGGCUGCAAGCUGCAGGUUCAGGUCCCCGAGAAGGGCUCGUACACCACUCCCAAGGACCUGGUCGGCAAGAACAUCGGCACCAGCUUCGUCCACCUGACCCGUCAGUACUUUGCGAACCUCGAGGCCGAAGAGGAUGCCGCCCAAGAAGCGGACCUGAAGUCGGUGAGAUUCAGUGGCAAGCUCCGGACAAACAUCAUCGAGCUCAGCGGCAGUGUCGAGGCUGCUUGUGCACUAGGUGUUGCAGACGGCAUCGUCGACUUGGUCGAAUCUGGUGAGACGAUGAGAGCCGCCGGUCUCAAGCCAAUUGAUACCGUUGUCGAAACCUCUGCCAUUCUCAUCAAGUCCAGGAAACCGAGAAACCCCGAACUCGUCGAGCUGCUGGCAUCCCGCAUCCGUGGUGUCAUUACCGCGCAGAAGUACGUCCUGUGCCAGUACAACGUCGAGCGGAGCGUCCUGGCGGCUGCCACCAAGAUUGCGCCUGGCAAGCGUGCGCCCACAGUCACGUCCCUCGAGGCCGAGGGCUGGGUUGCCGUCAGUGUAAUGGUGGAGAAGAAGAAGCUCGCGCCGAUAAUGGACGAGCUUACCAAGGUCGGCGCCACCGACAUCCUGGUCCUGGCUAUCGCCAACACACGUAGCUAG